UCCUCCCUUCCUCACGAACCUUCCCCUGACGGCUGCACACAAAAACCGGCUCCUUUUGCAGCGAGAGGGAGAGAGAGAGAGAGAGAGAGAGAGAGAGAGAGAGAGAGAGAGAGAGAGAGAGUGAGAGAGAGAGAGAGAUGUGCGACCGCGUUUGACUUUAUUCGCUUCCGAGGACGCGUUUCUCUCUCCUCUCUCCCCCCCGGAUCUUUGUCUCUGGGCGGCGGGCUGCGGCUGCGUGAUGCUCCGGAUUCGGGGCUUUAUGACGGAAUGGAUGCGCUUCAUCGUUGUGUUGGAGGGGCGUCGGUGGAGCGUGUUUGGACGCACAAAGGCGGCCGCAUGAAGCCAGUGUGCAGGGAGGAUGCAGCGGUUCCCAUCACAACCAAAAACUGCUCCAAACCCUGUUGGGAAGUAAACUCAAUUUAAAAAGGAACAGAGUGAGGAACAGAGUCAGCGUGGAAAAGGAUGGAGCCGUCUCUGUUCCCAGCAGUGGCUCUGUGUAGAAUACAGUUCAAUUUGUCAACCGUAACAUUCAUUUUUGUAUUUAUUAAUCAUUUGAAAAUUGGUCUACAGAUUGCAAAUUAAUGCAUUUUACUGCACUGCACCGAGGAACUGCAAAUUAUUUCUUAUUUGUAGCACGUAUUCUUCUUGCAUACCCAGAAGAAAUGGGAAAAAUAAAUGCACAGAGUGAACCCUAAACACCAUCUCCAGUGGUUAUGCAUUAUAGAUAAAGUUAGCCCAGUGCUUGCGCCUCCCACCCAGCAGCCCGGCCAACGCUUCCCUUCUCUCCGUCUCGGUGCUCUCACCUCACACUAUUGCAGCCUCCGCCAGUCAGUCAGUCCGGAGGACGUUAAGAUGAACAUGGAGUGUGUGGGGAAGUAUUUUAAACGCUGUGAGAGACCAGUUAAUGAGAGCACAUCCCCUGUUUAUAGAAAGGCGCAGAGGUAGACGGUUUGUUUUAUGGAUUGUUUGAGGUUUUACAGCAGGCAAGUAAAUGUGUUUGUUUUCUACCACCUUGGACGGACGGAAGUUAUGUUGUGUGAUGCAAAUGGACAAAAUGAAACAAGACAAGUGCUGCCAUGUACACCCCUCCAUCCCUCACACCGUUCCCAUAUGCUUGGAAAUGUCUGAAGCAUUAUAGUUAUUUAAAGCAUCAUUAAUUGAACUAGAUUAUGCUUUACGUUGUUGGUAUACUCUGGGGUUUCACUGCCAUUCAGUGUUACGCAAUGAAAACACAAUGAACUCUCCUGCCACAGACUCUGUUUUGUUGCUGUGCUAAUUUCAUCCUUAUCCUCUCAAGUUCACCCCAGUUUCCUCUCUUCCUCCCCAGCAGCACCAGCAGUGGCGACAGCAGAUUGAGCGACUUGACUAAUAGCAGCACCUCUGCACGGUGACCACCAUCUGAUGCUGAAAUCCCGACAUUAAUGAGGAAGCCGAUCGCCAAGGGUGUUCAAACACAUGUGCACAUGCACGCACGGAGAGCACAGCGCCCCCGGGAUUUUCCCCCUGCUGUCCAUGUUGAACUUUGUCUGACGGGCUGGUAUCAUGGAAGAAGAGGAUGAAUCACACAACACCCGGCCCCUUACUGCUGCCUCAGCGUUGAAGGCAAAGACGGGUCAACGGGGAUUACAGAUGUAUAACUAACACGGACGAGAGAGCGGGAGAGAAGAGUGCAGAGCCGCUGCCUGCUGCUAUCGUGUGAUACAUCUACACAUGUAAGAGACACAAAGAGGGAUGUUUCUAUGGAUACCCCUGCCCCGGGUAACCUGACUGUCUCCUCCGUGUGAAGAAAACACAGUAGGAGAUGAGAAGGGCAUUGCUACAGCAGACUACAGAAAGAUAUCACCCAGCGUCAAGAGGAAAAUGUUAAAGGAAAAAGCUUUCUUUUACCUUUACACUUGCACUAAACACCCCAAAUGCUGUUAUGUGAUUCCCAGUGGAUCCUCAGCUUGAAAGGCUGAGGAAUCUACCGGCGCCCACAAAGGACAGGAAGAGGAGGUGAAGACGAUGCACAAAGACACUACCUAGGCUUGAAGGAAAUAGCUCAUUUUUGAAAAACUUACUUGCUAUAUUUAGUUCAGCUGGAAAUAUUCUGCCCUAAAUCUGAGUAAACCAAUCCUACGCAAACGUUUGCAGGCCCCCAAAAAACAGCCACCACCUCUCACCGGAUGAAUUGUGGUACUGAAUUUGGGAGGUGUGUAAUGAGAACAUAUAUCUCCCUCAUAUAUUUGCACCAGCUGUAGAGAAAAUGUAGUCUUUAGUUGAUGUUCUGGACUCACCAGAUACAACAAAGCACAUUUAAUCCAGAUAUUGUGGAGAUCCGUCAAGCUUGAGGUACCUGGAAUCAAUCCCUGAAUCUGUCCGCAACACUUUCACACUGAGCCAUCAUGGCCAGACAGGACGUCUUCCUUCACGGCUUUGACCUGGGCGGUCACUUUGUCGACCUUCGACCUCUUGGCACCGGUGUAACAGGCGUGGUUCUCUCUGCCGUUGACCAGCGCAGCGGUCAGCGCGUGGCAAUCAAAAAGCUGGCGAUGCGAGACGCCGUGGCGGUGAAACACGCCCUGCGCGAGGUCAAAAUCACCCGCCGGCUGCACCACGAAAAUGUGGUGAGCGUCCAUGAGGUUUUGGCGCCGUACGGACAGCCGCUCCCCGGGGACCCCAGCCAGCUGAGUGCCCUGUACAUCGUCCAGGAAUGCAUGGAGACGGACCUGGCUCGGCUGCUGGAACAAGGGCCGCUGACCACAGGUCACGCCACUCUGCUGUUCUACCAGCUGCUCAGGGGACUGAAGUUCAUCCACUCGGCUAACGUCCUGCACAGAGACCUGAAGCCUGCCAACAUAUUCAUCAACACAGAUCAACUGCUGCUCAAGGUUGGAGACUUCGGCCUGGCCAGGAUCGUCGACCCGCAUUAUUCGCACAAGGGCUAUCUGUCCGAGGGCCUGGUAACUAAGUGGUAUUGUUCUCCCCGUCUGCUCCUGUCCCCAAACAACUAUACUAAGGCCAUUGACAUGUGGGCCGCUGGCUGCAUACUGGCUGAGAUGCUCACUGGACGCAUGCUAUUUGCAGGAGGUCAUGAGCUGGAGCAGAUGCAGCUAAUUCUCGACACAGUGCCGGUGUUGAGAGAAGAGGACAGACAGGACCUGCUACAGGUGAUGCCUUCAUAUGUCAGUCAUGGAUGGAGAGUGAAGAAACCCUUUUCCGAAUUGCUUCCUGAAUUGGAUGCUCAAGGUGAACUGAGUUACUUGAGUUGUGCUGUGGACUUCCUUGAGCGCAUCUUGACCUUUAACCCCAUGGAUCGUCUGACCGCCGAAGCGGCGCUAUCCCACCCGUUCCUCCGGGAGUACUCCUGUCCAGAGGACGAACCCACCUCAUCGCAUCCGUUCCGCAUCGAGGAUGAACUGGAGAACGGUCUCGUCACCGGGCAGAGCCUCAGCAGCAGUCAGGCCUCCAGCAUCCAUUGGGAGAGGUACAAGAACAGCUUAUCGACCGACGUGUCCUGGCAGCUGUCAAUGGAGAGGUGUCGCUGCAUGCCCUCUGACCUGGGAGACACCACAGAGGAUGAGGAGGUGCAGAGAGACCCCCGGGCCAGUACCACCUCACUGUCGGAGGAGGCGCAGGUUGACCCGCGCAAGUAUUCCCACAGCAGCUCAGCUGAACGCUUCCUGGAACACUCUCACUCCUCUCUGGAACGGGCCUGCGGUUUGGCUCACGGCGAGCUGGACUGCGGCCGCUCCUGUGACUACAAAGUGGGCUCUCCCUCGUAUCUGGACAAAAUCGCGUGGAGGGAGGGCAAGCCUCAGCACUACUCAGAGCCCAGGCUGAUCCUGGAUCUGUCUCAUUGGAAGCGUAACACCAGCAGCCUCCCUGUGCCUGCUGAGCCCAGUGAGGAAGAGCUGGGAGAGACGAAGGAGGAGGAAGUAGAAGAGGAGGAAGAGGGAGAGACGGGGGAUUUAUUCCAGGAGAUCUCUCGCUGGGUUGAGAGCACCCAGUUCCGCCUGCACUCCCCCCAGUCCCAGUCAGAGCCGCGUUUACCCUCCUGCUUCACCUCCUCCCCACCUCUCCCCAUCUCCCCGACGGACCCCCCGGCUCCAGUCUUCCACCACGCACAAGUUAUGCGACAACCGUCAGAUGAAGACGACAAACACGGACUGAGUCCGCUUCAACCUGCCGCGUCUCCCUGCAGCUCCCUUCCCUCACUUCUCCCCUCAUCUCCCAGCUUUCCGCUUCCUUCCCGGUCACCUCAAACAGCAUCUCCCCCCACCUCACCACUCUUUCCUUCCCCAGAAUCUCAACCCCUUUCCUCUACUUCCACCGUUUCCCAGCCAGCGGAGGACGACUCCUCGGAAUCACUUCCCGUGCAGCAAAGACAGCGGCUGUUCGACCUGGAUGUGUUCAUAUCCCGAGCACUAAAACUGUGCAGGCAGAAUAAGGAGAAAGCCGAGGGGAAGAGAGGAAGGGAUGGAGGAUGGAGAGAAGAGAGCAAACAGACAAAUAUCAAUCGAAAGGUGCCCAGGCUUCCAGAGCACAGGACGCCGCCACCACAGACUCCCAACUCUUGAUGUUUCAACUAGAGUAUCCACUGUGCAUCUACUUGAUGGGUAGUUCCUCCAAAGGCUCGGCGUGCUUUAGGGGUUGAAUGUGGUUUUUUUGUCACACUUGCAAUGACACGUGACUGAGAUCAACAAUCCUGUAGCUUCGUAAAGCAGGGCUCUAAAGCAAUAUGAGGUCAGAAAGCAGUCGGAUUCAACAUAAUCAAUGAUGCUUGGCGUUGCAAAUAUCUAGGGUCGGUUCUAAAUACAAAUAUUUACAAAUCCUUUUAGGAUUAAUGAUUGCGAUAUUGUGAUUUGCAUUAAUUUGGCAAAGCAAGUCAAAGAUGGGUCAGAUCAUGACCUGAUAGCUACUUAUUUUGUGACACAAAAAUCUGCCUAUCUGAACUUGACAAUGAGUUUAUAAAGGCUAUUUUAGACUGGAUGACCGUAAUAAAUUGUGAUACUCUCUUAGUUUCUUUGAUGUUUGUGUAGAGUUGUAAUUAUAAUGAUCCCUUGCCGUGUGACAGUUAGUCAGGGAUGACUUUGAAAUGUCUGACAGUCUUCCAAUUGUGACGUUCCCCGAACAAUUACAAUGACACAGAAAAUGCUUUCAACUAAUUUCUCUGAAUGUAUAAAACAAGAACAAAGUGAAAUAUGCUGCCCGGUGAACUGUAAGGAUUUUAUCUGUUGCUAUUUUAACAGUCCUGCGACGACAUAAUGAGCUCCAUCACGGCGACAGGCGUUGUAAACUUGUAUAAAAGUGUUUACGGCUAAGAUAUUUCCCAAAUGAUUCAUGCUAUUGUGUUUGAGUACUCUUUGGUGAAUGUUAGGUUACUGUUUCUGUUUAUUUGGAGUUAGUUGUGUAUUGUUAUAAUGUGGACUACAUUCGUCCUUAAAUUGUUUCAUAUUCUGUAAUCAUCAUCUGCUUUACACUUAGAUGUGUUGCAGACAGUCAGAUUUAGGACUAUUUUGCUCACUUAUUUGUUUGCCACAGAAAGCAGAAAAAGAGAAACUAGAUGCUUCACAAGCUUUUUAGGAAAUAAAUUGUACUCACAACUCAAUGCUGCCUGGUUACCAUAUUAGUAUAUGGUAAAGGAAAUAACCAAAACAUUUAUUUUUACAUACGUUUCUAUCAGCAUGGUAGACAGCGGACCCCCGGAAUGGUAUUUAUUGUGAUGUCUCCCCUUCAAUCAGGUAAAAGAUACAGUCAGUUAUGAGCUGAUGUACGCUGUGUAGGCCUGUGCCUUGUGCAUUUUCUCAGUCAAGUCCAUCUGACGUGCGCUUCACUCCUCAUACUGAAAUACUGAUGGUAAGGUUGUGGAAACGACAUCAAACUGGAAAGGAUUGAUUGAUACCUGCUCUAGUGCCAAAAAGCAAAACAGUCCUAUUGAUGUGUCCCAUAUUAUUUAGCCUAGAAGAAAUAGGCUUCCACCAGCCCAGGUUUCACUGUUUGACAUGCUGGUGUGCAUGUAAGCUGUGCAUGGCUGUGCCACAAGGGUCUCAUGAAGUCGAUCUAAAAGCUUAUUUGCACUGUCACUGUAGGCAGCAAGGCCCGGUUGUGAGCUGAGCAUCUCUCGUACAACAAAGAAUGAGCCAGACGGAGUGAUAACAAUACAACCUGUAGCAAAGCCAGGUAUAUUCUUUUGAUCCCCAACAAACAUUAAGCACAUUAGAGUCACUUGCACUUUCAGAAAUAGAGCUUUUCCUGAGCACCAACUGAAAUGCUGAUUUUUAUAAAUAAUUAUGCUGUUAGAUAAUGUUUUUAGAUGAAUAAUCUCUAAGGUACUAAUCAUACUUGAGCUGGUGUGCUGGACUAACUGAUUAAAGUGUUAAAGUGAAAAUCUGUUUUAGGAUCCAUGAAAUCCAAGAAGAUGAGUGUCACUGAAAGGUAGAUUUGUUUGUUUUUUAGUUGUACAGUUUACUCUGCAGGUAACCUAAGCCAGCAAUAACAAACAACACAAGCAUAGUGUAACACAUGUGGCGAUUUGUGUGUGUGAAGCAAUGUAUAAAAUGUGCCUCAGCCUCCCUCAAUGCUUCCAGCUUGCUGAAUGUAAUACUCUCCCCCCUGCAUGGCUUUCACAAACAUUUAAACAACUUACACCUUUGUUCUUACAUAUCACUUGUUUUGAUUAAUAUUUAUUUGGGCUCUUCUCUAUUUUGUACUGGUGCGGCCCAUCAACCUUUUACUUGAGAAAAGCUUUGAGAUCCUUUGCUCAAUAUUGAUUGAUAGUAUGUCUGUUUGUUUUUGUGUUUUUGUUGAAUAAUCAAUUAAACAUUACUUAAACAAUUA